AUGUCUUACGGUGGAGGUCACGGUUCUUCGCGAGACCACUAUGGUGGUGGUAGCGGUCAUUCUAGGGGCGGCGGCUACGGAGGCAGCAACGCCUACUCCCAAGGCCACUCCAGCGGCGGUUAUGGCUCAUAUUCAGGAGGUGGCGGUGGUUACAGUGGUGGCUACAGCGGCGGCUAUAGCGGUGGUGCCAGCGGUGGUGACAGAAUGUCCAAUCUUGGUGCUGGCUUGAAAACGCAAAAUUGGGACCUGUCAUCUUUGCCUAAAUUCGAAAAGUCGUUCUACAAGGAACAUCCUGAUGUCGCUGCGCGAUCAAGCCAAGAGGUUGACUCGUUCCGCAGACAGCAUGAAAUAACUGUACAAGGCAAAAACGUUCCUCGCCCCGUUGAAACCUUCGAUGAAGCCGGCUUCCCACAAUAUGUCAUGACGGAGGUCAAAGCUCAAGGAUUUUCAAGGCCCACGGCCAUUCAGUCUCAAGGUUGGCCCAUGGCCCUCUCUGGUCGUGAUGUUGUGGGUAUUGCAGAAACCGGAUCUGGAAAGACUCUGACAUACUGUUUGCCUGCUAUCGUUCAUAUUAACGCUCAGCCUCUUCUUGCUCCGGGAGACGGUCCAAUCGUCCUUGUUCUCGCCCCUACUCGUGAGUUGGCAGUUCAGAUCCAAACUGAAAUUACUAAGUUUGGGAAAUCUUCUCGUAUUCGCAACACCUGCGUAUACGGUGGUGUCCCCAAGGGACCUCAAAUUCGAGACCUGACGCGUGGUGUCGAAGUUUGUAUCGCGACCCCUGGCCGCUUGAUCGACAUGUUGGAGGCCGGAAGGACUAACCUGCGACGUGUUACUUACCUCGUCCUUGAUGAAGCAGAUCGCAUGCUUGACAUGGGUUUCGAACCUCAGAUCCGCAAGAUCGUUUCACAAAUUCGCCCUGACCGACAGACUUGCAUGUGGUCCGCUACAUGGCCCAAAGACGUCCGACAACUUGCCCAAGAUUUCCUUCACGACUAUAUUCAGGUCAAUAUUGGCUCUAUGGAUUUGUCUGCUAACCACAGAAUUACCCAAAUCGUCGAAAUUGUCUCCGAGUUCGAGAAACGUGAACGUAUGGCCAAACAUUUAGAGCGCAUUAUGGAUGACAAGAAUGCCAAAAUUCUCAUUUUCACUGGAACAAAACGUGUUGCAGAUGAUAUCACUCGAUUCCUGCGACAGGAUGGAUGGCCAGCUCUGUCGAUCCAUGGCGACAAACAACAAAAUGAACGUGAUUGGGUCUUGAACGAGUUCAAGACUGGAAAAAGCCCCAUCAUGGUUGCCACCGAUGUAGCUUCCCGUGGUAUUGGACCACGAUUCAUUUCCAGCCCAUGGACACUUGAAAUACGAAUCUUCGGCAUUGAUCGAAGAGAGUGA